AUGCAUACUACGAAACAAGUUGCAGAACAGCAGGAUGAACCUUUGGCGCAUAUGAUGGGCUCGCAACGCAAUUGGAAGGUCAUGCGAAAAAGCAACCCCGAUAAUCUGUGCAUAAAAGAAGUCAUGAAGCAUAUCGGGGCAGAAUUUUGCGUUGACAAUGAAGCUGAUGGAGUACUGCUACCACAUCGAGGAUAUUGA